CACGAGUUUUGUGUGGAUCGCUACCAUCAAGCCUUUACGAAUUCAAUUAAUUUUGGGUUCAGAACAAUAGAGUUUGUGUGCCAAAAUGUUGACGGGCUGGCGACUUGCUCUGUCGAAAUUGUUCAUAAUACCGCAGCGGUAUGUAUUGGCUAUAAUGGCGUUACUGGCCAUAGCCAACGCGUAUACCAUGCGCGUCUGCCUGAACCUGGCCAUCACGCAGAUGGUCUGGAAGAAGGAGGCAGUGGAAGGCGACGCCCACUAUGAUCCCAAUGCGUGUCCUGACCAGGAUGCUAUAACUAACACGACCAUGACAUUGUCGGAAUUUUUGUUACGGGCGGCUGAUGAUGGUACGAUAAAAUUCGAAUGGAGCGAAGCCACCCAAGGUUUAGUGCUCAGUUCGUUCUACUAUGGAUACGUGAUAACUCACUUGCCUGGCGGAAUAUUGGCGGAGAAGUUUGGUGGCAAGUGGGUACUGGGUUUGGGGUUAUUGUCCACUGCUCUAUGUACGUUCAUCACCCCGUAUGCAGUGAAAACAGGAGGAGCUACCGCUCUCUUUAUAUUGAGAGUUGUGGAGGGGCUUGGAGAGGGUCCAACAAUGCCCGCCUUAAUGGCUAUGGUAUCAAAAUGGGCUCCGAAAAAUGAGAGAGCUCGAAUGGGGGCUAUCAUUUUCGGAGGUGCCCAAAUUGGAAACAUCGGUGGAUCUUAUUUCUCCGGUCUUAUAAUGCAUAAUGGUAGCUGGGAGAAUGUCUUCUAUUUGUUUGGUGGUUUUGGACUGCUUUGGUUCAUUAUUUGGAUUUUCUUAUGCUACAGUACUCCAAAUACCCAUCCCUUCAUAUCGGACAGUGAGAAGAAAUUCCUGAACGAAAAUGUGGACGCUCUUAUUCACAGUGAGAAACAGAAAUUAGACCCUGUGCCCUGGAAGGCCCUUUUGCGAUCAGUCCCUCUGUGGUCCUUGAUUAUAGCCGCUAUCGGUCAUGAUUGGGGAUACUUCACAAUGGUCACUGAUCUACCAAAAUACAUGACAGAUGUAUUGAAAUUCAAUAUAAAAUCAGCGGGAAUAUUAUCUGCGGCUCCGUAUGCGGCUAUGUGGAUAGCUUCCUUCUUCUUUGGUACGGUGUGCGACUUCUGUGUGAAGAGAGGCUUUCACAAUAUACAGAAUGCGAGAAAAAUAUACACAACUAUCGCUGCCACGGGUCCCGGUAUAUGCAUCAUCCUAGCCUCCUACUCUGGCUGCAACACAACCCUCGCUGUGUUCUGGUUCAUUGCCGCCAUGACGCUCAUGGGAGCUUACUACAGUGGAAUGAAGAUUAAUGCUUUGGACAUCACGCCUAACUACGCUGGUACCACCACCGCUUUGGUGAACGGUAUAGCUGCUAUUUCGGGCAUCAUCUCACCGUAUUUGAUUGGACUAUUAACACCACAAUCUACCCUCAAACAAUGGCGAGUGGCGUUCUGGGUUUGUCUCGGGGUGUUGGUAGUCACCAACGUGGUUUACUUGCUGUUCGCGAAAGGUGAACAACUCUGGUGGGAUGACGUCAAGAAACAUGGCUACCCUGAAGGCUGGAAACAUGGUCCCUUGCCCAUGAGAGAUCAAGACUCUGAGGAACAUAAAAAAGAAGAAAAGAGCGAAAAGAAAUGAUUUUACUACGACUGACUCUAGUGUAAAUAUUAUUUAUUAAUACAAUAAUUUAUAAGUAAGGAACGAUUUCUCUUGGCGCUUGUUUGUAUGUAUGUUUUGUUAAUAAAAAAUGAAAAUUAA